AUUUUAUUACAUUUCAUGUCAAUAUUUAUUUGCUUCCUCACGACCAAACGCAGACAAAGCAGACACUACCUUAAUCUUUUAAAUACCCCCCGCUACCUAUGGUAUGCCAGAAACAUCCAUUCCACCCCCAUCUUUUGAUUCACCAGAUCCAACUCUCGGAAUCAAGCCUCGAUCAGCACAAUCAACAAACGAGUUAACUUAUGAGAAGCAUAAUGACAACCAACUCGAAACCCUGAACGAAUGGAUGCAUCCUUCAGCAAUUUUGCAUCAAUCGCAGCCAUACUCUGCUGCAUUCUAUGGAUGCUCUUUCAGGCUUUUUGCUUUAUUUCUGAUAUCAGCUGUCUUGUUGGCAUGUGCGAUCCAUUCGAGCUUUCACUAUCAAUUGGACCCCAAAGGCUGUAUGAUGACCUAUAUGCAGCCUACAUAUUACAGAUUAUUGGACUUUAACCUAGAAAACACCUAUACCCCCGGAAACUAUGGGCUAUUGCUCUACAGAGAUGAAGGGGACGACCACUCAGUAGUACACCCAGAUUCGCUCGAACAUCUGGGAGGCACAGACUGGGCAGUUUCAAAAUCAGCAAAGAUUCGCCCGACAGGCAUCCCUGCCUUAUUUAUUCCGGGGAAUGCAGGGAGUGCUAGACAGAUUCGUUCUCUGGCCAGAGAGACGACCACAGCUUACAAGCCAGGCUCGAAGAGGAUUGAUUUCUUCACAGUAGACUUUAAUGAAGAAUUCUCGGCAUUCCACGGGCAGAUCUUGGUGUAUCAGGCAAAAUGGAUUAACACGGCCAUCAAAUACAUCUUGUCCCUCUAUAAUGAUCAUGAUUCUGAUUCUCAGCAACCUCGACCGACAUCUAUCCUGAUCGUUGGUCAUAGCAUGGGUGGGAUCGUUGCUCGCACAAUCUUCAUAAUGGAAAACUACCUGCCUGGUUCCGUUCGUAGCAUCCUGACGCUCGCAACCCCCCAUAUGGUCCCACCUUUGGUACUUGACUACGGGAUCACCAAAGUCUAUGACAAGAUUGAGGAUUUCUGGGCAAAGGGUUACAGCGGACCAAAUGCUGCGCUGACUAAUGUAUCGAUAGUAUCCAUCAUGGGCGGCAACCAAGAUCUGACAGUGAACAGUGACGCAGGCAAUAUUCACCAUUUAGUACCACUAAGUCAUGGAUUUUCAGUGUUCACUUCGGCGAUCCCACAUGCCUGGGUGGGAUCGGAUCAUUUAUCAAUCCUGUGGUGUAAUCAGAUCGUCAAGCAAGUCGGGAAAGUCCUUGCAGACAUUGUAGAUCCCACACGAGCUGAACAAGUCAGGCCUUUAAAGGAGCGAAUGGAGAUCCUUAAAAGGCAUCUGAUAGCUGAUAAGGGGGAUGAUCCAUCGGAUGAAAUUGAAGAUGAAGAGAUUAUCUAUCUACCUGAUGUCAAACAUACAUUUUUGACGAAGAAUACCAUCUGGACAAAUGAGCUUCAAAUCAACCGGCGUAAAUCACCGCAUUACUAUAUCUUGAGCUCACCCCUACAGCACAACAAAGAAGACAAUCUCGACACAUUCACCUUUUUAACAGAUCAAGAGUUUGGGCCACAUAAACAUUUCCGUUUUCUGCUUUGUAAAGAUACGUCUGUUGCUGCUUCUGCUUCUGCUGAGGCGGAUGAGAAAGGGCACAUUUCUUCGCUCUCUUGCAAACGCAGCAGCUUUUUAUCCUUGACGGCUAUUCCGGCAUCGACUUCCACAUCAACUCUACCUCUAUUUUCGAAUGGAGGACGCUUUACAGGCCAAGAGUUCCGUUUCUUGUCUACAUCGCUCAGUAAUCUUGAGCCCUUCCAGUACAUCGUGGUACACGAUAAGGGUGACCAUUUAUCUAGCGGCUUCAUGAUCGCCGAAUUCAUGAAUAAGGAUGCUAGUAUUGAAACUGUUCAUACUUCUACGAUGAGACUUUUGUUUCAUGGACUUAGGAGAGUGCGAUUUCCAAAGAAACCAACGAUGAUAUCCACACUUCGAUUACCGAAUAUCGAUAACAGUCUACUGGCAUAUAAUCUCAAGGUUAAAGGCGGCAGCUGCAAAGACGCUAAAUUCCAGCCGAUGAUGAAGCAAUCGAAUUGGGCUUCACAUGAAGACAAGUUUGUUGUCAAUAUUGCAGAAAAGGUAUCUGGACUAGAUAUUAACUUCCAUGGCGACCUUCCAUAUCACGAUAAAGUGCAGUUAACCCCAAACAACGGAAUAGAGCUUCACUUCUGGAGAGACCCAAAUUGCCAUGAAGGGAAUGGAGAAGGAGAAGGAGAGCCUCUAUCGCUCAAACUUACGGUCGACAAGUAUGGGAGCUUGGGCAAGGUUGUAAUCCGCUAUAGAACCAUCAUCCUAGUGUUCACCUUCAUGGUAGUGAUAUUAACGUUAAGGAAACAGUUCAAAGACGACGGUAGAGAUGCGGUAUCGUUCAGACCAUUUGGGGUUAUUAUGAAUGAGUUACUCAUAACAGGAACUUACCUGAGGUUCUCAAUAUUAUUAGUCCUCUUCGCUGCUUACCAGUACUCGAGCAAAAAGAGGGUUGUGGAGCUAUACUAUCAACAACAUGACCCACAGCAGGAGCUUCAUGGCAAGGAUCUGACGAAUGGCUGGUUUGAGGAUGCGUUGUUGGGUAGAAACGAAUCUUUCUUCUGGCUAUUACUCCCAAUCUUCUUUCAUGUUUCUGUAGGCAUCGUUGCAUUUGUCUGGUUUGUACUUAAUACCAUGGUCCAGUUGGUCGCACCAUGCUUUCAUGUGUUAUACACGGUUGUUUCGAGAGAUACACCGUAUUCAAGAGCUCCGUGGGCGCUAAUUCUGGCAGUUUUAGCAGUGGGUGUACCAUAUCAAUUUUUGUUCAUCGUCAUUUUCAUUUGGCUUUUAUCUGUGAACGCAGGGACGGCAUUCGCUGCAUCUACCGCAACCAAUCCUCAAAAAAUAUGGGAUGCGUUCCAUAUCAACAUGUCGAUAUUAGUGGUAUUCUUCUUUCUGUUACCCUUCUGUGUCCCCGCAGUGAUGGUUUGGAUACGGAAUGGAUGGUAUAAAGUAUUCGAUUCAGACCAGCGUGUGGAUUUUGUGUUCCCAUUCAUUAUCUUUGUCCAAGCUUUAGCACGCGAAAGCUUUAUUGUCAAGGAUCCUUGGAAAAUAAAUAGGAAAGCGGCAAGGUGGAUGUUGGAUAUGAUGAUGGUGUAUCUAGUGUUGAUGGGAGUACGAUAUAGUUGGCAGAUAUUCUUUCUAACAUGGAUGUGGAUCACCGGAUUAUUGUUGCUGCAAUGUCUUGAGACGUAUACAGGCAAACUACUCUGGGCCCAGGCAUUGCAUUCACUAGGCUUUCAUGGGCAUUUAAAGCGAGAUUAAAGGACGAG